CUCCAGGCAGCGUCAUCCCGAUUCUGUCUGUUCCAGGAGACUUCAGAUGAAAUUCGCUUACAGCCAGCUUUCCAUCGGCCGUGGGUCUCUGGCGGCCAAUGGUGCAGCCAUCGUGAGGGAGCCAUGCGGGGUCGUCGCGCGAGGAGGAUCGCGGAACAUCAGGGGACCCGCGGGCUGGACGUUUUAUCUGGUGUUUGGGGCGCCCACAACGAGGUAUCACCGCUGGGCAAAAGCCACCCAUCCCAUGUUUGGCCCAUUUGUUCGCGCUCGUUAUCUGGGCCCGGGCCUGCUCACCAGCCAGAAUGGCUGGAUUCAUCCCGUCAGGGAACGACUCAGUGCGAGGAACCAACGUCUCUACUAUAGGGUUUGAUCGCUGCCGGGGUUCGUACUCUAACACCACGCUGACAGCUUGUCGGUGCUACGCCAUCGUUGGGAGGAGGGGUCGGGGAUCGAGAGAGAUCUUCGGCUCCUGAACAAGCUUAAAUCUACCCACGAUGCCAAUGGCGGGCCCCUGGGCUUGUCGUUGUCGUCUGGCCAGUGAAUAAGAUGGCCCGGUGGCCCUCGUCCUGGUCCUGUCUCCUGGUCCUGUCUCCCGCUCCCGUCGAUCUCGGUGGCUCUCAACCGAGUAAUCAGCCGUUGUAGAUCCUCCGUCUGGUGUGAUCAGCCGCGUGUUAGUGGUGGUGCUCGCGAGGACCUGUGAGAGCUCACUUAUGGCUUACAGCCUCUCAAUAUGGCUGCCACCAUCACGGCUCCUCUUGCUCCCCUGACCACCAUCUUCACGCCGUCAUGCUCCACCUCGUGGCUCUUGACAUCCUCCAAAGAUCCGUCCCAGUUCCCUCCUUUCCCAACCGGGGGACCAGCAUUCUGUGAUCCUCCAUUCUGGGCGUCGAAUAUCGCAGACAAGGGCUUUCAGUAUUACUCGCCUGCAAUAUGUCCAAGUGGGUUCGAGGUCGGGCCAGGGUGUCAGGUCACAGAAACAAGGACGGCUGAGGGUUUCCCUGUUGUCGAACCAGACGAGACCGCCGCUUACUGCGUCCCCAGUGGCUUCACUUGCACAACGGACACAACGGACUUCCGGGGCGGUGUCUGGGGGGCGACAAAAGAGGCAGGACCCCCUCUCUUCACUGUUGGGCCAGCCCUUCAGAUUCGCUUUCAAGAGUCUGAUCUCUCUAUACUCGAGACUCAUCCUUUGACUCCAGGCCUGACCUUGGCCGGCCUUCCUGCACGAGCAUCAGUUUCGGCCUCAGCAUCGGCGGGGCCAGCAGGCUCGAUAUCGGCGACGGCGACCUUUGGUCGGUUCACGAUGAUCCCAUCGCCUACACCACCGCCAUUCGUAGGCACGCCGUCACCUACCAUCUCCGAGACGAGCAGAGUGGGCUCACCAGCUGCGCCGUCCAACAUGACUACUCUUUCAAACGCCUCAAGCACUGCUACCGUGCUGCCCUCCAACGCCAACACUAUAGAUAGCAAGGGACAAAGUUCAACCAGCAUUGCCGCCAUAGUUCUUUCAACCUUGUUAUCUCUACUCGCAAUCUCAUUCUUCAUCUAUGCUUGUUUCAAAGGGCGCCACGGGAGGGGUUGGAGAGUUUCUACGAAUAGGAGGCGCAAGGGCUUGAAGGCGGUGGGCGUCGGGGUAUGGAUUGGAACCAGGGGAAGCGAUGACUACGACGAGGAGGAGCCAUACGAGCAGCAGCGAACUGCGAAUACAUCGCGGUCAAGCACUCCAGACUCGCCACCACCAAGGCUGAGCCUCCCACCAGAAAUACGAUCGAGCCCACCCCUGGGAAGAUUAACACUUCCACGCGGUUGGAGUCCACCAGAGAAUGAAGGUGGGAUCAGGAUCCCGAUCUUCAGGCAAGGGCAAGACAACAACCGCCAGGUCAAAGUACCCGGCGCCGAACUAGACGACAGCACACCCUCAAGACAUGGGAGCUGGGUAUCGAGGGUAUCAAGGAUGCUCUCCCGGGCGGCGCGGUCCUCGACCACGAGCAGGUCCUCGUCGCGCUCGAGGUCCCGUUCGGCAUGGGGCGGCGCACCAUCGUCGUCACGCAGGCCCCCCUCCGAGGAGUGGGAUCACUUCUUCCAGGGCAGCUUGACUGUGCCCCACCUGACAUACUCACGGCCGUCUUCGAUGGCAUCGUUUGCGUCCUUCCCGGGCGACCGCAAGGAUGACUACUACUUUGACCUCGAGGGCGCCGCCAGGCGGCUGCCCAAGAUUGACAGCUUCGACAGGCUGAGCGAGGGCACGUUUGGCCUGCGCGGUCGGUCGAGAGACAGGAGCGCAAAGCGGAAGUCCUGACACCAGCACACCGCGGCUCUCCUGCAUAUUGCAGAUGCCCGCUCGUGCUUGCUCGUGCGCCUCGGCC